AUGGAGCGUUUCAGAUCAAUGCUAUCCAUAUGCGCACUUUUGGCUUGUAUAUAUUUGGUGAAAGCAGGAGGGAAAAAAGAAACGUCAAAAUCUGGACAGACCCCAACUUCGUCGUGCUCUGGCAAGAGCGAAAAAUACUUAGCAGAUUAUUCACCGACGGAUCCAGUAAACAAAACCCAUUGUGACUAUUACAUAUGCAAUAGAAAGAAAGGGAAAUAUGUAAAGGAGACAUGUCCAGAGAAUCAAGCAGUGAGUAAAUUAGCAUUAGAAAGAGCUGCAGCAACCAAAGCUCAAAGUGUACAACCGUGUGUGAAUCAACCGGGGGCCUGUUUGGCUGGUGAACCCAAAGGCACUACAGAUGAAGGGAUGGGUGGAGGGAAAAAAGAAACAUCAAAAUCUGGGCAGACCCCAACGUCGUCAUGCACUGGCAAGCGAGAAAAAUACUUAGCAGAUUAUUCACCGACGGAUCCAGUAAACAAAACCCAUUGUGACUAUUACGUAUGCAAUAAAAAGAAAGGGAAAUAUGUAAAGGAGACAUGUCCAGAGAAUCAAGCAGUGAGUAAAUUAGCAUUAGAAAGAGCUGCAGCAACCAAAGCUCAAAGUGUACACCCGUGUGUGAAUCAACCCGGGGCGUGUAUGGCUGGUGAACCCAAAGGCACUAUAGAUGUAGAUGAAGGGGAUGGUGGAGGGAAAAAAGAAACGUCAAAAUCUGGGCAGACUCCAACGUCGUCAUGCACUGGCAAGCGGGAAAAAUACUUAGCAGAUUAUUCACCGACGGAUCCAAUAAACAAAACCCAUUGUGACUAUUACGUAUGCAAUAGAAAGAAAGGGAAAUAUGUGAAGGAGACAUGUCCAGAGAAUCAAGCAGUGAGUAAAUUAGCAUUAGAAAGAGCUGCAGCAACCAAAGCUCAAAGUGUACACCCGUGUGUUGAUCAACCGGGGGCGUGUUUGCCUAAUGAGCCCCGGGGCAGGAUGGGAAUCAUUCUGCCUAUAGAUGAGGGGGAGGGAGAAUCCGAUUCGCUAAAAUCUAUCACAUCGCCUGAAUGUGACGCUGACAUUUUAUGGGUGAUGUCAGACGCCUGCCCGUUAGAAAUCACCGUAAAACAAGACGCUAUCAACCUAGUUCGAGACAUCACGCAAAAUAUAGAUUUCACCUCAGCUCAGAGUAACAUUGACCCCUUCUUGGGAUGCUACUUAUCAUUAGAUGAUACAAUCACAGCUCUAAAGGAAAGAUUCGACACGGGAAACCAAUAUGGAGGUUUUCAGUCUCCGUAUUCCUACUACGAUCAAAAAGAGCCCUUUCCGGAUGUUUUGGUUGUGGUCACCGAUGACGUAGAAUUUCGAGGUUCGGCGGAUCUCACAGGAAGAGGGGUGAUAGCAUACGCUAUAGGCUUCCCCCAAGGAUUGUAUAAUACAGAGGAUAAUAACCAGCUGUUGGAAUGGGCAAGCAAGGCUGGGACAAAUAAUAUAUUCCCCGUUGACAACUUCCAGCAAUUAGAUGAUAUAAUCUGGGGGCUCGGCUUUAUGGCUUUGCAAUCUCUGCCCUGAUGACCAACGAACAGAAUAUUUCACAAGUCCCGUGUUUGAGCAUACAUAGUAUGAUAUAAAGAAUGACAAUGUACAGUACAUGGUGUAACUUGUAAUUUUAUGGAUGAAAUUAUUGUGUAACACGACUGGACUAGAAUUUCUUUAAAUAAACACGACACUUAAUUUCAUUUUAUAUGUUACACUGUUAUCAAAUAGACUGAAUGACUGUUAAUGAAUAUAGUACAUGUAUUCAACAUAA